UGAAGGUUUGGGAAGUGGUUGUCCGUUGUGCAUUUGGAAGGACUUCAUUGUGAUCUACGUUGGGUGAUUGAAACGGUGCCACCUCUUAUUGCCAGGUAAUAAUAGAUCCAAACUGUGCUUGUAGAAUGUCCCAGAAAAUUCAGGGCGGCUCUGUGGUGGAGAUGCAAGGAGAUGAGAUGACAAGGGUGAUAUGGGAACUAAUUAAAGAGAAGCUCAUCUUGCCUUACAUAGAAUUAGAUCUGCACAGCUAUGAUCUGGGCAUUGAGCAUCGUGAUGCUACAGAUGAUAAAGUUACCGUAGAAGCUGCUGAAGCCAUUCAAAAGUACAAUGUUGGCAUCAAGUGUGCCACCAUUACUCCUGAUGAGAACAGAGUGGAAGAGUUCAAAUUGAAGCAGAUGUGGAAAUCUCCUAACGGCACGAUAAGGAACAUUCUUGGGGGUACCGUCUUCAGAGAGGCCAUAAUCUGCAAGAACAUCCCCAGACUUGUCUCAUGUUGGGUCAAGCCAAUAAUCAUUGGCCGUCAUGCUUAUGGGGACCAGUACAGGGCAACAGAUUUUGUGGUUCCUGGGUCUGGCACAGUAGAAAUUUCAUUUACGCCUAAAGAUGGAGGGGAGCCCAUUAAAUAUGUUGUACAUAAAUUUGAAGAUGGUGGCGGAGUUGCUCUUGGGAUGUACAACACAGAUCAGUCCAUCAGAGAUUUUGCUCACAGCUCCUUCCAAAUGGCUCUUACCAAAGGCUGGCCCUUAUAUAUGAGCACCAAGAACACUAUCCUCAAGAGAUACGACGGUCGCUUCAAGGACAUUUUCCAGGAGAUCUAUGAAAAAGAAUACAGAUCCCAGUUUGAAGAGAAAAAGAUCUGGUACGAGCACAGGCUGAUUGAUGACAUGGUGGCACAAGCAAUGAAAUCAGAAGGUGGCUUCAUCUGGGCCUGCAAAAAUUAUGAUGGUGAUGUGCAGUCAGACUCUGUGGCUCAAGGAUAUGGAUCUCUAGGGAUGAUGACCAGUGUACUGAUAUGUCCUGAUGGGAAGACGGUGGAGGCAGAGGCAGCCCAUGGUACGGUAACUCGCCAUUAUCGGAUGCACCAGAAGGGACAAGAAACCUCAACUAAUCCAAUUGCUUCCAUCUUUGCUUGGACUAGAGGCCUGGAACAUAGAGCAAAGUUGGAUAACAAUACUGAACUAAAGAACUUUGCCACAGCACUAGAAGAAGUCUGUAUUGAAACCAUUGAGGCUGGGUUUAUGACAAAAGAUCUUGCUGCUUGUAUUAAAGGACUGCCAAACGUACAACGAUCUGACUACUUGAAUACAUUUGAAUUCCUGGAUAAAUUAGCAGAAAACUUGAAACUGAAACUCUCUGCUCAUCCUAAACUAUAAAGUUUUAAUCUUCAAAGGAUCUCUGGUUUCGUUCAUUUUGGUUUACAGUAUGAUGUUGGACUUGCCAAAACCAACCCAAGCUGUUAAUGAGUCUUUUUAUUUUUAUUUCAGGAAUUACUGAAGCCUUGAUUGUAUUACAUUAGGAAAAUGACACACUGACAGCUGCUAAUUUCUGCAAAUAAUUAAAAAAAAUAUUUUUAUGUACUUUUUUUUUAUUUUUUUACCCAUGCCCUACAAGACACAUCCUAGUAUACAACAUUUAAAAUGUCAAUAUGUGACAAUAAAAAGAAAACUAAAUAAGUAAGAAUGUAAAUAAACCUGUUUGCUUAAACAUUGACUAAAAUUCAGAUUUACUCAGUAACCUUAGAAAACGGUGCCUGUUUUCGAGUUAAGUAGUGGCUAAAUAAGAUAUAUAGAAAUGCACAUUUUACAUCAAAGGGAAAGUAUAAACAAAUUUUCAUUUAACUGCAUGUAAUAUACACUACUAUAAAGAAGAAUAUGCACAGACACUGAUCUAAAAAUCCCGUUUAAAACCUUUUAAAAACUUACUUAGAAGCUCCCUAUUUAGCACUGUUGAUGAGGUUUGGCUGGGGUGCCUACUGAAAGGGGCUGAGAGCUGACCCUUCCUCCCUCUCCUGCAUAUGAAAAGAACCAUUACACAAUCAGGAGUCUGUAGACAUCCGUAUGCAUCUUAAACUUUGGUGCUUGGUUAGGAGUCUGAAAAUCAGCACAAUGUUAUUUAAAAAUAAGCAAAGGUAUACAUUUUUACAAAAACACCCCCAGAUGGGCCAUAUAAAUGGAUCAUCUACAAUAGAAUGGGUAUAUUUAUAUCUUUAACAAGCAUUAAUUCACUUGAUUUUAAUUUUUAAAUAAGGUUUUGUAUAUUCUUAGGGACCAGUUUACCCCUGGGUUAGUAAAGGCUUUGUAGCUGCACUACCUUGUAAGUCUAGACCAAAAUCACUACAUAGAUGUGUUAUGUCUGAGCUUUCAAAACCACAUAAGUAUUUCACAUCAAUCUGUUAGGGCUUAAUACUUUCAUUAUCUGGAGUAUCACAGCGUAUAAGGACUUCUCUAGUAUGGUUGUCUGGUACUGUUUAUAUGAAUUUCAGAAUCUGAUAAUAGAUGUACAGAAUAAACAAAUGUCAUAUACAUUUCUGUUUUCUACAGAAACCCAUGUUCUAUUUUUAAUAAACCAAUUUCAUAGUGA